AUGUGUGAGUUCAGUGUGCACUUUUUACAUGGAUUUUGUGACAAAGACAACGACAAGUUGGUGAGCAAAGAGGAGUUAUUUCCUUUUCUCUUCAAAUAUUUAAAGAUCAAAGAAGGCGGACCUGGGAGUGGGUUUCAGUCGUACUUAUUUGAUCUUUGUGAUUUGAAUCAGAACGGGAAACUGGACAUCACCGAGUUUAUCCAUUUAAUGACGUGUUUAGAAGUCUUUGAGACGUGUCGCGAGUACAGUGAUAAAUUAACGCUGAUGAUGGUCUUAUUUAAAGCGAUGGAUUCUGAUGGGAAUGGUCGAUUAGAUUCAGUGGAGAUUAAGAAUGCGAUUCUCAAAUUAGAGAAAACGGAAGACCCGAUGC